UAUGGUUUCUCUACAGCCUACAACCCUCAAGAAAAUAAAACUUAUUUAUUUAUAUAUAUUUACUAUUAUAAUAAUCAUAAUAAUAAUAAUAAUAAAAUCUUCAUCCUUCUCCAUCUGAAUCUCUUCUCCAAACCAACAUUCUAUCAGUGAAAAAUAUAGCAAUAAUUUAUUUGAAUUUAGUGACAGAAAGGAUGAUUCAAAGAAGGAACAUCCAAUGGGUAGUUGUAAUUUUGGGGUUUAUUGCUAGUCAAGUGGAAUCCCUUCGAUUUGAUCUGCAAUCUGGUCUCACUAAAUGCAUAGCUGAAGAUAUUAAGAGCCAUGCCAUGACUGUAGGCAAGUACCAAAUUGUGAACCCUAAUGAAGGUUAUCCUUUGCCUGAUACUCACAAAGUCACUGUCAGGGUGACAUCUACAUAUGGAAAUACCUAUCAUCAAGGGGACAAUGUUGUUGAAGGGCAUUUUGCUUUUGAGGCAGCGGAAGCUGGGGAUUACAUGACUUGCUUCUUUGCUGCUGAUCACAAGCCCCCUGUAACUCUUUCUCUCGAUUUUGACUGGAGGACUGGUGUAGCUGCUAAGGAUUGGACGAGUGUUGCCAAGAAAGGCUCUGUUGAAAUAAUGGAAUUUGAACUAAAGAAGAUACUUGAAAAUGUUAAAGCCAUCCAUGAUGAGAUGUUUUUCCUCCGUGAAAGGGAAGCUGAAAUGCAGGAACUGAACAGAUCUACCAACUCCAAAAUGGCUUGGAUGACUGGCUUGUCAAUCUUCUUGUGUUUAGGUGUGGCAGGAUUGCAGUUGUGGCAUUUGAAGACCUUCUUUGAAAAGAAAAAGCUUAUCUAAUGUUGUUUCUGAUAGCUUAAUAAUGCAACAUGUAUGUGUAGAAUUUUCCAUAGAUUACAGCUGAAGAGGGAAGGCAAUGUUUUUGAGUUAAUUGUGAUAGAGAGAACUUGGAUCUUUUUAGUUAAUUACUUUUAUAUGACACAUUCUCCUAUUUAGCUUUCUCCAUUUUAUUUGCA